AUGGAUUUAAGUACAAAACAUAUAGAUAGAGAUGAUGAACGUUCUAUAUUUUCGAUUGAUUCAAAUGCACCAUUAUUGACAGAUGAUGAAUACGUUAAUAAUACCUUACUACAGGAGGGUGAAGAUACAUCUCGUAUCUAUGAUGAUGAACGGCAAAUUGAUUACUCAAAUAAUGUUGGAAGACAAGGUAUUUCGGGUUCUAGUUGGGCAGCGUAUAUAAAUGUCACGAAUUCCGAUAUUCUUCUUACUUAUUGCGGGAAAGAAUCUUGA